AAACUUUGAGAGGAAGGUUUAGGUUAUCUGUUAUUUGUAGCCGUGAGGUAGUUUUAGUUACCGCUGGGCACGAGGAAAAAAUUACAGUUGUGUGUGUUCUGCAACAAAAGUAAUCAAAUCUAGGGAAUCUUUUCGGGUUUGCUUCGCUUCCAUUGCCAUCUGGCGCAGGCGCACCAUAGCGACAGCACAGUUGCUAGGGGGUGCGGCGGCCCGCUUUCGACCCAAGAACGGAGGCGGAGUGAUCCUGAAAUUUGGGCGCACAGCGGUUAGCUGCGGAAAGGAAAGCGGAACAGAGGCGAAAUUAGCUGCCUAAUUUAUCUACGUAGAGACAGAAUAACCAACUGAAUCACAAACUAUAGCAAUGGCUGAUCAACUAACUGAGGAGCAGAUCGCUGAAUUCAAGGAGGCCUUCUCACUAUUUGAUAAAGACGGUGAUGGCACCAUUACCACCAAAGAGCUGGGGACGGUGAUGCGCUCUCUAGGGCAGAACCCUACCGAGGCUGAGCUCCAGGACAUGAUCAACGAAGUGGAUGCUGACGGUAAUGGGACGAUCGAUUUCCCUGAGUUUCUCACAAUGAUGGCGAGGAAGAUGAAGGACACCGACAGCGAGGAGGAAAUCAGAGAAGCCUUCCGGGUGUUUGACAAGGACGGAAAUGGCUACAUCAGCGCUGCAGAGUUGCGUCACGUCAUGACGAACCUGGGAGAAAAGCUGACCGACGAGGAGGUAGAUGAGAUGAUCCGAGAGGCCGAUAUUGAUGGGGACGGCCAGGUCAACUACGAAGAAUUUGUCCAGAUGAUGACUGCAAAGUAAAACUGGAAACCCAAAGGACUACAGCAGACCAAACAGUGGGCAGCAUUCUCACUGUCAACCUUCAACAAGCAUUCACACCGUCCUCCUACUGCUUUCCAUGGCUUAGUUCUCACUCCACCUUUUUCUCGUUUCUUCAGUUCAACUCUCCCCUCCUCUCCUCUGCUCUGCCUGUUUCCCCCGUCCCUCCCCAACUUGUUUUCCUCGUCUUCACCUCAUUAUUAUUCCAUAAAAAUCAAAGAAAUGUUUACAUAUAAUCUAAGAUAAAAAAAAAAAAUACUUAAAUAUAUGAUGUAAUACAUGUAUCAAUAUUUUAAAAGUUAUAUAACAUAUACUAUGGGGAACAGCAAAUGCAUGCUUUAUUUGGUUUUGGCAUGUUUCUGUGCUUCUCUGCUUGCCUUGUUUUCAAACUUGCUCGCUCUCCUUUAACUCUGCAUGUUUCUCAUGCAACCUCUGCUCAGUGGUCUUAGAACUGUAUGGUGAAUAACCAUUCAUGGAUAUCAGGGGCUUUUAAUGAUUAAGUGGUCCAAAAUGUACAUGUAGUGUUAGCUGAGUAGUGGCAGUUUAUUGUAAUUGAGUGCAUAGUAACUACACAGACUAGAUACUGAAAACUUUUAGGGGGGGGACAAUACAGUAGAAGAUUUGGCCUAGGAUAGUCCAGGCAUGAAUAGGGGAGCAAUAUUUUGCAAAGAAUUGUACUACUUCUGCACACCUUUUAGCAAAGGACAAAGGCAGACACUAAGCGACGAGGUUUUAGUCUUAAACACAAACCUAGUCUUAAAAAGCUCUAUCGGUCCAGUCCCAAGUAAAUGCCAUGAUCUGUUCUAGGCUAGAGAGGUCUGAUGGCUCAUGUCGGAGGAUUUCCCAGCUGUUCAACAUGUUUAUUUUUAUUUUUUCUAUAGGCUGAAUUUAGUUGUUUUGAGCGGUUGCAGUGUGUAAGUUUCGUAUUGACGAUGUAAAAUAACUUCCAUGUGGACGUAUGGUCUUUAGAUUUUUAUGCUGCACUGUGUCCAAUCCAUCCAUUCAUGUCCUGUAGCUUAUUCAGUGGACCAUUUCCGGGUUGGGAAUAAACACAUUUAAGCUGCGUACAACGUUCUUCCUGCAAGGUAUUGGUAAGUGUGCGUAAGAUGUACUUGUAGAAAGCACAUUAUUAUUAUUAUCAUUGAAACAGACUGAGGAUUAGAUCGAAUUGCCCGUCUGUCAGUGUGCAUCCUUUGAAAAUUUUAAGUCAUCGUAGCACCUACUUAACACUCCAGUUAAUAACAAGCAAAAGUAUAAGUUCAAGUCGACUACGGAGGCUGGUGCAUGGACAAAACCUGCAGGAAGGGUGAUGUACUGUGCUUAAAACCUUGCAUCCUCUAUAGUGACAAUCUGUCUUUUCUACUGUUAUGAAUGUAUUUUUUUAAAUGUAAUUUUAACCAUUUAUUCUAAGGGCUGGUUUCCCAGAAUAAGCCUAACCUUGGACUAAAAAGGCGUUUCAAUGUAGAAUCACUGGCUUGGGCUAAGAUUGGGCUUAAUGCCUGGAAAAAACACCCUUCCUUCUUUCCUGCUCAUAUUGUCAUUUAGGGAACAUUGAAGUUAUGCGUUCCAUUGCAGAACUGUUAUUCUUGCUAAAUAAACUUCUGGGACUUGUGUUUCUAUA